UACAUCAGUCCUGUGAUAAAUGAUAUUGUCAAUCUCUUAUUAAAUUUGAAAUUUAUUUCUGAUAUGUCUGUCAAUUACUCAGAAGGUUUGUCGGCUUAUGAACAUAAGGGAAAAUGUGGAAUGCCGGAGAAAUUCGAUUCUCCAGAAGUAAUUGAAGAGAAGUCCCUUCAACUAGCAAAUCUACUCCGCAGCAGUAAUUACGCCGUAGUGCAUACAGGGGCAGGCAUCAGCACAUCAGCUGGCAUACCAGACUUCAGGGGUCCGAAGGGAGUGUGGACCUUAGAGAAGCAGGGGCAGAAACCAGAUGUCAAUGUUACCUUCGAUGGCGCAGUCCCUACGCCUACUCAUCGUGUCCUGAUUGAGCUAGAGAGGACAGGCUUUGUCAAGUAUGUCGUCAGUCAGAACGUGGACGGGCUUCACCUCAGAUCUGGAUUCCCAAGGGAUAGACUGUCGGAACUUCACGGGAACAUGUUUGUGGAACAGUGCGACAAAUGCAACAAGCAGUAUAUCCGGGAUACAGCUGUUCCAACAUUGGGCCUCAAACCCACUGGAGGGCAAUGCACGCAGACAAAACCUAGAGGGAAAUGCAGAGGAAAGUUGAGAGACACAAUCUUAGACUGGGAAGAUGCGCUGCCAGAUGAUGACUUGGAGCGCGCCGAGAAACACUCGAGGCAAGCUGACCUAGCCCUGUGCCUAGGGACGAGUCUUCAGAUUGUACCCAGCGGCAAUCUCCCUCUGAUCACCAAGAAAGCUGGAGGAAAGCUGGUCAUUGUCAAUCUCCAACCCACAAAACACGACAAACAUGCAAAUCUCCGGGUCCAUGGCUAUGUAGAUGAGGUCAUGUCAAAGGUCAUGACCCACCUUGGACUGACUAUCCCCGAAUACACAGGACCACGUAUCGUCAUGACAUCAGGACACAGUUCAAAGAAAAUGGACGGUGCGUUAAAGGUGACCAAAGAACGAAAACAGAACGUGAAAAGGACUCACCAAAAUGUUGAGGAUAAAAAGGGGACAUUUUCCGAACAACUUUCAGUAAAGGAAGAAAGUGAGCCGAGACCGAAGAAUUCAUGCCACAAACUCCCAACCAGAAGUGGAAUUCUUUCUCAAGGAAAUGAUCAAACAAGUUGCAGUGAAUUGUCUCAGAAUGGUGUCACUGAUGUGGUAAAAGUGGAACAAUCUGAGAACAGUACGUGCAUUAAAAAGGAAGAUUGCCAGAAAUCACCAACAGAAAAACUUGAGAAUGGGAUAAGUUCGACGAACUCCAGAGAACUGGACGAUGGUUUCUGCCAGAACUCGCUCAUCCUUUUGGAGCAUUCUGUGCAAGGAUCAGAAAGACUCGAGGAUCAGGUUUCAAUCAAUUGUUCAUCAGUGUCUCCCAAAGACUUGAACAAAAACCCUGAACUUUGUAGUGAAGAUGAGUUAAGGUGAAUUAGAAUGACCAAUUUUAUACUGUGAACUUCUUUUGGAAAGUUUUCAUGAAUGUGUACGUGACUCUCUAGCAAAAAAAAAAAAAGACUGGGACCUUGACUGCUGAAAAACAUGCAAAACGAAAUCAGGCCAACUUAACUCACUCUUUAGCCAGCAAAAUUUUCC